AUGAAGGAGAAGAUAGCUGUGGUGGCAAUGGCGGCGAGAGCGGAAGCAAGAUAUGAAAUGGCGCCGGCCAUUGAAAAGGACUACAGCAUGGAGUUCCGAUGCUAUCCCAUGUUGAACCCGUCGCUGCUCGAUCACACAGCGCCCUACCGGAACUAUUUUCAGAUGGUGGCAAUCCACAUUAGCGCAGGCGCAGUGCUGGGCACUAGCUGGAUUCGGUACAUCGGUGAAAAGCUCUUUUCUGUCAUGAAUGUCAGUAAAUCAAAACUGUAUACAUGCCUGAACACAAUACUCAGGAUUGCUGCAGCACAGAUCUUGACUCCAGAGUCUGACGCAAUAAUUCAGAGCACUUCCCCAGGGUUGAUAGAAAACCAGAUCCCUGAUUCUUGCAGCUCUGUUGAUAUGUGGGGACCAUCUUUGAAGAUGGAAGCGGAGGUGUCUGAGGAGGAAGGGUCUCCCUUGGAGGAAGAGCAGAAGACGCAGGCCCAGGAGCGUGCCCAAGAGGCCCUCUCACACGGAGAUGUUGAACAGCCAGUUGGGGAAUUUCACCGGUUCUCACUGGAAAAAGCCAAGAUUGAACAGGCUGAAGGAAACUUCGAGAACAGAGAUGAACCACAGAGGCAGGAAGGAAACCAUACACUGAAAAGGGGGGUGAAGACUAUUCCUCGCCAAGGAAGCAGGUUCCAUGAAAUCCCUGUCUGCAGCCGUCACCAACGGACUCUUUCAGGAAUGAAACUGUUCAUCUGUUCAGAAAAUGGAAUGACAUUCACCAGUCAAAGGAAGGCAUAUAAAUGCCAUUAUUGUGGAAAGUACUUCAGAUACAGAACACAGCUUUUAGUACACCAAAGAAUACACACAGUACAGAAACAUGUUGAAUUCUCAGAGUGUAGAAAGAAGCUCAGUAUGAAUUUCAGGCUACAAAAGAACCAAAGAACCCACACAGGGGAGAAACCUUUUGAAUGCUCAGAGUGUGGAAAGAGAUUCAGUCAGUGUAGCAGUCUUCAGUAUCAUCAAAGAACCCACACAGGGGAUAAACCGUUUCAAUGCUUAGAGUGUGGAAAGAGAUUUAGUGGCAGUGGCAAUCUUCAAAGGCAUCAAAGAAUCCACUCAGGGGAGAAACCUUUUGAAUGCUCAGAGUGUGGAAAGACAUUCAGUCAGUGUGUCCAUCUUCAGUAUCAUCAAAGAACCCACACAGGGGAGAAACCAUUUGAAUGCUCAGAGUGUGGAAAGAGAUUCAGUAGAAAUGGUGGUCUUCAACUGCAUAAUAGAACCCACACAGGGGAGAAACCGUUUGAAUGCUUAGAGUGUGGAAAGAGAUUCAGUUUGAAUUCCAGUCUUCAGUGUCAUCAGAGAACCCACACAGGGGAGAAACCUUUCGAAUGUUCAGAGUGUGGAAAGAAAUUCAGUGUGAAUUCCAGUCUUCAAAAGCAUCUAAGAACCCACACAGGGGAGAAACCUUUUGAAUGCACAGAGUGUGGAAAGAGGUUCAGUGAGAAUUCCAAUUUUCGAUCACACCAAAGAACCCACACAGGGGAGAAAUCUUUGGCAUGCUCAGAGUGUGGAAAGAGAUUCAGUCAGAGUGACAGUCUUCAAAAGCAUCUAAAAACUCACACAGGGGAGAAACCUUUUGCAUGCUCAGAGUGUGGAAAAAGAUUCAGUCAGGGUGGCCGUCUUCAGCUGCAUCAGAGAACGCACACAGGGGAGAAACCUUUUGCAUGCUCAGAGUGUGGAAAGAGAUUCAGUCAGAGUGGCACUCUUCAAAAGCAUCUAAGAACCCACACAGGGGAGAAACCUUUUGAAUGCUCAGAAUGUGGAAAGAGAUUCACUCAGAGUGGCAGUCUUCAAAAGCAUCUAAAAAAUCACACAGGGGAGAAACCUUUUGAAUGCUCAGAGUGUGGAAAGAGAUAUAGUGUGAAUUCCAGUCUUCAAUAUCAUCAAAGAACCCACACAGGAGAGAAACCUUUUGAAUGCUCAGAGUGUGGAAAGAGAUUUAGUGUGAAUUCCAGUCUUCAGAAUCAUCAAAGAAUCCACACAGGAGAAAAACAUUUUGAAUGCGCAGAGUGUGGAAAGAGAUUCAGUCGGAAUUUCAGCCUUCUAAAUCAUCAGAGAACCCACACAGGAGAGAAACCAUUUGAAUGUUCAGAGUGUGGAAAGAGAUUCAGUCAGAGUGGAAAUCUUCAACAGCAUCAGAGAACCCACACAGGAGAGAAACCAUUUGAAUGCUCAGAGUGUGGAAAGAGAUUCAGUUGCAGUGGCGCUCUUCAGAAGCAUCUAAGAACCCACACAGGGGAGAAACCUUUUGAAUGCUCAGAGUGUGGAAAGAGAUUCAGUAGAAAUGGUGGUCUUCAACAGCAUAAGAGAACCCACACAGGGGAGAAACCGUUUGAAUGCUCAGAGUGUGGAAAGAGAUUCAGUCAGUGUGACAGUCUUCAAGAGCAUCAGAGAACCCACACAGGGGAGAAACUUUUUCAAUGCUCAGAGUGUGGAAAGAUAUUCAGUGUGAGUUCCAGUCUUCAAAAGCACCAAAAAACGCACACUAGGGAGAAACUUUAA